AGGAUUUAAGCGCGUCCCCCCCCGGGGUGCUGAGGGCUCCCUGACUCUGUCUCGCGCGCCACAGGUGACCUCACACUCCACACGCUGUUUCCGCGGCCAAGUCACUUGAGCUUCACGGAGCGGACUCUUCCCUCUCGGCGUACAACUCGCAGCGGUGUUCAAAGCUCGCGCUGAAAGCCCGCGCAGUGGUCGCGCGCGUGAGUCCGGGCGGAGAUGCACGCGGAGGUGGAUUACGGAGGCUCCGGGAGCAGCGGGAACGGAAAGCUGCGCCAGUGGCUCAUCGAGCAGGUGGACUGCGGCAAAUACCCCGGUCUGGUGUGGGAGAACGGCGAGAAGAGCAUCUUCAGGAUCCCGUGGAAACACGCCGGGAAACAGGACUACAACCGCGACGAGGAUGCCGCGCUUUUCAAGGCCUGGGCGCUGUUUAAAGGCAAGUUUCGGGAGGGGAUCGACAAGCCGGACCCUCCGACCUGGAAGACCCGCCUCCGCUGCGCGCUCAACAAGAGCAAUGACUUUGAGGAGCUUGUGGACAGAAGCCAGCUGGACAUCUCCGACCCGUACAAAGUGUACCGCAUUAUCCCCGAGGGUGCCAAGAAAAGACCCAGACAGGAGGACAGUCCUCUGAGUCCAAUAAGCUAUCAGGUGCACUCCCCGUAUCCUGCACUCCAGCCACAGAUACCACAGUACGUGCCCACGCCCGAGUGCGGAUGGAGAGAUUUCGGCCCGGAGCCGGCCUCCCUGCCCGAGCUGCCCUUCACUCACUGCCCCCCCCGCAGCCUGCCAUGGCAGGGCCAGCCCAUGGAGAACGGUACGGCCCUCGGCGCUCCAUUACCAGCAUUUCGCAUCUCACGCGGCUCCUUUCGGUGCUCGUGUGACGCUCCUGUCUGUUCCUCCGUGUGUGCAGGGUAUCAACUCAGAGCCUCCAUUUACUCGUACGGCCCAGCUGACAGUCAGCCCUCGCCAUUCACGCUGGACGCCAUCAGAUCGGCCGAGGCGCUCUCAGACUUCCGCCUGCAUGUUUCUGUAUAUCUCCGGGACACUCUGGUGAGGGAGGUGACCACCUCCAGUCCGGAGGGUUGCCACAUCACUCCCUGCUCCCCAGAGGAGAAGCACUACCUGCCUCCCGGAGGUCCCGAGGUGGUCCCCCUGCCUGUGGACAGUCUCUCCCCCCCGAGGAGGCCAGAGGAGUGUCCCCCGAGUCCCCCGUCCACCCUGGAGAGGGGAGUGUUACUGUGGAUGGGCCCGGACGGACUCUACGCUCGGAGGCUGUGUCAGGGCAGGGUGUACUGGCAGGGGGGGCUGUCCCAGUAUGGAGACAAGCCCAACAAACUGGAGAGAGAGGUCACCUGUAAACUGCUGCACACACAGGACUACCUGACAGAGAUCCAGAGUUACGGGCUCCACGGUCGGCCGCCGCCUCGUUUCCAGAUCCUGUUGAACUUUGGAGACGAGUGUCUGGACCUGCAGAGACAAAGACGGACCCUCACUGUCCAGGUGGAGCCACUGUUUGCCAGGCAGCUCCUGUACUACGCCCAGCAGAUGGGAGGCCAUUACUUCCGCAGCUACGAGCACCCGGAAGUGACAGAACACACAAACCCCUCCGAGGACUACCAGAGGACCAUCGCGCAUCACCUCACCAGCAGCCUGCAGGAGUGAUCUCAAUAGGUUCAAGUGACUGUUGAAAACUUCAAGACACAGCAGCGACCUUUGACCCGGGAGGCGAGAUUACCGCGAGAAGAGGACAAGCGUGGACAGUGUGAUACACAAAGCUUAUGGACACUGAGGGACAGCAGGAGUUUUCCCUGUGGGGUUCUGUGUGAGCGAGUUCUUUCUCUCCCGAUUUUAUUCUUGUGUCACCAUCUCCAUGUCUCCAUGCUUACUAUGCAAAGAAAACUGACAGCUUAGGUGAUUGAACAGAAGAAACCCGUGACAGGGAUUUUAAUGCCUCUUGGUGAUAUGACAUUUUGUGGAAUCUUUCUGCAUACGUAACAGAAUCUGCCAAAACAGGCACCUCCAAAAGUCACCAUUCAUAAAAAGCUUUGAAGGUGCUGGAGGGAAGUUUUGUUUUUUUACCUCUGGAAUCGGCAGACGUCAUGCUAAGCUAGGCUAAUUGUCUUCUGGCAGUUACUUUACUGCAUCUGUUUUGAGAAGCGUAUUAACGCUUCCUAUAAAUACCAUAUUUUGUUGCUAGGAGACACUAUGACCCCAAUUUAAGUUAUGAGUGAACUUGUGUGGCCAGCUAUGUUUGUGUGAGAAACAGGUUUUAGCUUUUUCAACACAAUUUUGUAUCAAUUACGAGAUUUAUUUUUUUAAUUGAAUAUGACAAAAAAAAUGAAAUCUUUGAAUGAGUUGGAGUGGACGUUUUUUGCCUUGAACAAGCACAUUUCUGUUGUACAAAACAAUAAAAGGCUUAAGUGCAAAGAUGACCUGUGUUGAUAAGUGGGUGAGCUCGGCAGUGUGCGUGCUGCGUCUGAGCAGGAAGUGUGCUUCUUGUGCAGGAUGAGGCUGGUUAAUCAAACACUUUAUUAUCACAAACAAAAGUGAUGACAUCACGAGGGGCGGAGAGAAAGAAAGAGAGAGAGAGAGAGGAGGAAGAGGUCGGCCACGCUUUCCACGCUGCGCUGGAGACGAGGCCUUCCUGACUUCAGCUCAGUCACUUUCCACCUCCAUGGAAAUUAAUCGCAAAAACCCCACAAACACACGUGUCACUGCCGCGAAACUUCAGGCGUCACUAAACGAAAACAGGCUUUUGAACAUUUCCAAAGGGGCGUUCCUUUAGAGUAAGUAAUUAAUGCACAGAAAGAUAUUAACUUCAUGAUAACAAGUUCGAAAUAUCAAAACAUUAACACUAGGUUGUGUUAUUGCUAGGGCCGGGACUCGAUUAAAAAUAUUAAUCUAAUUAAUUAGAGGCUUUGUAAUUAAUAAAUCAAAAUUAAUCGCAUUUUAAUUGCAUAAAUAUUUGACCUGAGAUUAGUGAGAAGUAUUUUUUUUCACAUGGAUUUUUACUUUUGUUCAACCAAUUCCAGCAGACAAGUGUAGAAAUAGCAUAUUUAGAAAUAUAGUACUUUCAGAAAUUCAGGUAGCCUAUAGGUAAGUAGACCUUCUGUAAACUAGGUUUUUUUAAGUAGACCAACACUUUCAAGUACAUUCAGAACAUCAACAACAACGUUAUUUUUUCAGACGUGGACUUAGUUACCCUGGUCC